CUAUGGGCUUUACGUUGCCUCUCCGUCUCUGCUUAGUGCCAAGUGCCACCAACCUAUCCACCAUCCUCUACGCUUUCCAUUUUACCUCAAUCGACAAGGACGACUAAGUCAUUAUUUUAUUCCACUUUUUAAAUCUUAUUCGAUCCCGAUUUGGUUUUUUUUUAUAAUUGUACUUGUUUGUUCGAUCUGAGGACAAUUCGAGGAUUUUGGAAAUGGCUUUUUCUUUUUUCUGGAGUUUUCUGAGCGGAUUAAAGAGAGAAACAGAAUUUUGAUCUGGGGAGUUGUUUGGCUUUUGGACGGAGAUUUGAGAUGGGUUUCUUCAGUACUAUAUUCGGUUUUUCUGGUUUUGGGAUUGGGAUUUCUAUCGGUCUUGUUGCUGGAUAUUUCCUCUUCAUCUAUUUCCAACCCAGCGAUGUUCAGGAUCUGUAAUACGUCCCCUGGUUGAGCAAGACUCAGAAACUUUGCAGCGGAUGCUUCCUGAGAUACCGCUUUGGGUGAAAAAUCCAGACUAUGAUCGUAUCGACUGGUUAAACAAGUUUGUCGAGUAUAUGUGGCCUUAUCUUGACAAGGCAAUUUGCAAGACUGCAAGGAACAUUGCAAAACCUAUAAUUGCUGAGCAAAUUCCGAAAUAUAAAAUCGAGUCUGUCGAAUUUGAAACACUUACGUUGGGGUCCCUACCACCAACUUUUCAAGGCAUGAAAGUUUAUGUCACCGAUGAGAAGGAGUUGAUUAUGGAACCGUCCAUAAAAUGGGCUGGAAAUCCUAACGUCACUAUUGCUGUUAAAGCAUUUGGGUUAAAAGCAACUGUCCAGGCGGUUGAUUUGCAAGUCUUUGCCGCACCACGUAUUACUCUGAAGCCCUUGGUUCCAAGCUUUCCUUGUUUUGCCAAAAUCUACGUGUCUCUCAUGGACAAGCCACAUGUUGACUUUGGACUAAAGCUUGUUGGGGCUGAUCUUAUGUCAAUACCUGGCCUCUACAGGUUUGUCCAGGAGCUUAUAAAAGAUCAGGUUGCCAAAAUGUAUCUAUGGCCCACCCUGGAAGUACCUAUUUUGGAUCCAACAAAAGCUUUCAAGAGGCCAGUUGGAAUUCUCAACGUGAAGGUGGUGAGGGCCAUGAAACUGAAAAAGAAAGAUCUUCUUGGUGCAUCGGACCCUUAUGUGAAACUAAAGAUCACUGAGGAUAAGCUUCCAUCGAAGAAGACCACUGUGCAGUACAAAACCUUGAACCCUGAAUGGAAUGAGGAGUUCAGUAUUGUCGUUAAAGAUCCACAAUCCCAGGCUUUAGAGCUUCGUGUUUAUGACUGGGAGCAGGUUGGCAAACAUGACAAACUGGGGAUGGAGGUAGUCCCUCUGAAAGAACUAACCCCUGAUGAGCCAAAAGUUAUGACUCUGGACCUCCUUAAAAAUAUGGACUUGAAUGAUGCUCAAAAUGAAAAAUCACGCGGGCAGCUUGUUGUGGAAUUGACUUAUAGGCCUUUCAAAGAGGAAGACUUACCAAAAGGUUUUGAAGAAACGAAGACAGUACAGACGACUCCAGAUGGAACGCCUGCAGGUGGAGGUGUAUUGGUAGUUAUGAUUCAUGAAGCUCAAGAUGUUGAAGGGAAGCACCACACGAAUCCGUAUGUACGGAUUAUUUUCAGAGGCGAAGAGAAAAGGACUAAGCAUAUAAAGAAGAGCAGAGAUCCAAGGUGGGAAGAGGAAUUCUCGUUUGUGCUGGAUGAGCCUCCCAUUAAGGAAAAAAUGCACGUAGAGGUUGUCAGCAGCUCAUCAAGGAUGGGCCUGCUGCAUCCCAAGGAGUCUCUGGGUUAUAUUGAUAUCAAUCUCGCGGAUGUUGUUUCCAACAAACGAAUCAACGAGAAGUACCAUCUUAUAGACUCCAAGAAUGGACGUAUACAGAUCGAGUUACAAUGGAGGAUUUCAUGAGCUUUCUCUUCUCUCUCGGCCUUUUUUUUUUUUUUUUUUGUGAUCUUUCAUUACCAUUUGGAUUUGUUUGUUCUUCAUGUAUGUACAUGGUUGUACUUAUAACUACAAUCGCGAUUAAGACCUACACAACCACAACUCUGUUUUUGCACCAA